AAUGGUGGAUGGAUAAUAAUAAUAAUGUGAUUAUGUUUUUUUGAUAAUUUUGACAUCAUUAAUGCGUAUUCAAAAACUCAUUCAGUCAUUCUAAAGUACAAAUAAUAAUUGAAAUACCAUGAUUAUGAUAAAACCCGAGGUUGAAAGAACAGCUGAAAAGAAAACCAAAGACGAAAACCUUGCAGUUUGCAGUCCGGCUCGUGUUGAUGACGUCACUUGUUGUAUUUACUGGGGCAUUGACGGAAUUCGUUUUACUGCUACAAAGAAGAAGGCCCAUAUACUAUCGAAAUAGACAGUUUUCCAGCCAUAAAGGCUAUGACUGAGUGUUGAGCCUCAGUGAGAUGACUGACCAGGGCAACAACAACAACCACAACAUCUCCUGCAACCCCUUCGCUGCCCUCUUCAGCUCUUUGGCUGAUGCCAAGCAGUUUGCGUCAGGCCAAAAGUCUACACUGUUACCCACUGGACCGCCAGAUGACUCCGGAGAGAGCCAGUCAGAGUCUGAGAACUCUGUGUCGGACAGCGUCGAUGACAAUGACGACUCGGUGGCAGAGAUAAGCCGAUCCUUCCGAUCCCGGCAGGAACUGUGCGAGCAACUCAAUGUGAAUCACAUGAUCCAGCGUAUAUUUCUUAUCACCUUAGACAACAGUGAUCCCAGUCUUAGAGGGGGCAAUGGGAUCCCACCUCGCUGUGUUUACCUGGAGGAGAUGGCGGCUGAUUUGGAUGGACAGGAUUGGUUGGACAUGGACAACAUAGAACAGGCACUAUUUAAUCGUUUGCUGCUGCUCGAACCAGGAAACCACCUCAUCUACAUGACAUCAUGCAAUGCUGUGAACCUGUCAGCUGACCGUGACGCUGGAGAGAAAUGUGCCAUCCCAUACCUUUUUGCUUGUUAUCAGAGGGCAAAGGAAGAGGUGACCAAGGUGCCAGAGAAGUUACUGCCAUUCUCCGUUCGUUGUAAGAACCUGACGGUCUCAAACACGAGCACGGUUCUGCUCACUCCGGAGAUCUACAUCAACCAGAGUGUGUACGAGCAGCUUCUGGACCUGUUGCUGGAUGCUUACAGUAGUGCCCAGCCGGAUGAGGUGGUGGAGUUUGUUGAGGAAGUGAUUGCGGGCUUGCUCUCUGACCAAGAGGUGCGGACCUUCAAGGAGGUGAUCGUUCCAGUGCUUGAUAUUUUCCAGGGUAGAAUCAAAGACAUGGAUCUGUGUCAGCCCAUCUUCUACUUCUACCUUGAUGUGCUUCUCUAUUUCAGCUACAAUAAAGACAUCGCCAAGGUAUUGAUGGAACACAUUCAGCCCAAAGAUCCGGCUAAUGGCUUGCUGUACCAAAAGAGCCUUUUAGGAACCGUGUUGAGUGUAUCUUGCUUGCUGAAAACACCAGGAGUGGUGGAGGGACAUGGCUACUUCCUGAACCCCUCCAGAUCCAGCCCUCAAGAGACUAAGUUCCAGGAGGCCAACAUCCAUCAGUUUAUGGGCCAGUUUCACGACAAGCUGCAUCAAAUGUUUAAAUACUUGCUCCAGCGGUCGAAUGAGACACGCCACCUGCUGCUGUCAUGGUUGGGCAACUGCCUACACGCAAACUCCGGCCGGGCCAAGAUUUGGGCCAAUCAAAUGCCUGAGAUCUUCUUUCAGAUGUACGCCUCAGAUGCGUUCUUCUUGAAUUUGGGUGCUGCACUUCUGAAGCUGUGCCAGCCCUUUUGCCGGCCACGUUCCCCCAAAUUGCUCACAUUUAACCCCACGUACUGUGCAGUGAAAGACUUGAGUGAAGAAGAGAGGCGCAUUUGCAAUGUGCAUGCGAGAGGACUUGACAAGGAAACUUGUCUGACCCCUAUGCCCUCCCAGCACACGCAAGAGCCCGCAGUGGAGUCCUACAGCCUGCUGACGGAAAACCUCGUCCUCACACAGCUCACCCUGCAUCUCGGCUUCCACAGACUCCACGAGCAGCUGGUCAAGAUGAACCAGUCUCUCCACCGGCUCCAGGUGACAUGCGAGGAAGCCCAUCGCACAGGAAACCCAAGGACGGAGCAACUCUUGGAGCAGUUUGAGCGCCUGAUGAUUGUCUUCUUGUCAACCAAAGCUGCCACCACACAGCCUGCCAUGCUGCAAUGCUGCCUUAACCUCCAAGCGUCCACUGCUGCUCUGCUAGUUCAGUUCGCUGUGGGAAACCGGGGCCCCGAACAUGUAGCACUCAGUUUUCCUUUGCCCUCCCUGCAGAACACCAUGCUCUCCUUUGUACCAGAGUUUUUUGCAGAGAACUUGGGAGAUUUUUUCAUCUUCCUGCGUCCAUUUGCUGAUGACGUUUUGGAAUCCUCUGCUGAAAGUCUGGAGCAGAUUCUGAACUUCAUCACUGUCUUCAUGGGUAAUGUAGAGAGGUUGAAGAAUCCUCAUUUAAGAGCGGAGCUGGCAGAGGUCUUGGAGGCGGUGAUGCCCCACAUGUUGCCUCUGGCGCCUGGCAGUCCUCAACCAAUUGUCUUCCAGCGACAGAGAGUCUUCUGCUCUUACAAAUACGCACCUCAGUUGGCCGAAGCCCUCAUCACUGUGUUUGUAGACAUUGAAUUUACAGGUGAUCCUCAUCAGUUUGAACAGAAGUUUAAUUACAGAAGACCCAUGUAUCCCAUCCUCAAGUUCAUGUGGGGUGAAAAUAACUAUAGAGAGAGUAUCAAGCAUUUGGCAGACUAUGCAUCCAAGAACCUGGAGGCCAUGAAUCCUCCUCUGUUCCUCAGGUUCCUCAAUUUGCUGAUGAAUGAUGCCAUCUUCCUUUUAGAUGAGGCUAUUCAGUACCUGAGCAACAUCAAGAUUCUGCAGCUGGAGCAGGAUCGAGGGGAGUGGGAUGACCUGGCCCCCGAUGCCCAACGGGAGAGGGAGUCAAGCCUGCAGAUGUUUGGACAGCUGGGCCGCUUCCACAAUAUCAUGUCUAAUGAGACCAUCGGCACCCUGGCCUUCCUCACCUCAGAGAUCAAGGGAAUCUUUGUGCACCCUUUUCUGGCUGAAAGGAUCAUCUCCAUGCUCAACUACUUCCUGCAGCAUCUGGUUGGACCCAAGAUGGGUGCUCUUAAAGUGAAGGACUUCAGCGAGUUUGACUUCAAGCCGCAGCAGCUGGUCUCUGACAUCUGUACCAUCUACCUGAACCUGGGAGAUGAGGAGAAUUUCUGUGCUACUGUCCCAAAGGAUGGACGGUCGUACUCCCCUAUCCUCUUUUCUCAAACAGUGAGGGUACUGAAGAAGAUCAACAAGCCCGGGGACAUGAUAGUGGCUUUUGGACUCCUUGCUGAUAAAAUAAAGUCCCAUGCAGAUCGACAGCAACAGGAAGAGGAAACUUAUUCAGAAGCCCCAGAAGAGUUCUUAGACCCAAUUAUGUCCACCCUGAUGCUGGAUCCCGUUCUUCUUCCUUCUUCCAACGUCACGGUCGACCGCUCCACAAUAGCAAGGCAUCUCCUCAGUGACCAGACAGACCCGUUCAACCGCAGCCCUCUCACCAUGGACCAGAUCAGGCCAAACGAGGCGCUCAGACAACAGAUCUUAGAGUGGCUGGAUAAGCAUAAGCAGGAGAAGCUGCAGCUGGGACCAAGUGACCAGACUUGAUCCACCCUGUGCCUAACAAUGACUUCAUCCUUGUUUGCUUCCCUCUUCCACAUCUAGAGUGCUCCUCUGCCUUUUUUGUGGCUAAUCUGUGGUGUGCUUGUCGCCGCAGAUUCCUGCAGACUUUCGUCUAACACUGCAUUUAAAUCGUAUUUAAUACAGCCUUCAUGCAACAGACAUGAGUUGAAUAGCUGUUUCAAAUUGCCCAAUUGUAAACAUGAUGUAAAUGUAAAUGAUGCGAUUUUGAGCAGGAGAGGGGAACUCCACUGAGAAAGUAGAUUCCCCCUUCCUGAUUUUUUUUUUCUUUUCUUGGAUAUUUAGCACACUUAAAUGGUUGUGAUUGGCAAACCAAUUUUGAUGUCUCAAGCCCCCAACACACCGAGCGAUGCAGCCGACUGAAUUGGACAAUUGCGAGUUAAUUACAAUCUGUGACACACACCCGCACAUCUGGCGAUUGAUUUUCACACACAUACCAACUGGCAGCACCAGCAACGCUGUGACCCCUGCUGUUCCGACCAGGAAAUAACGUUUUGAGGCACCACAUAUAUGUGCAGUAAGUCAAAAUGGCGUCAGCCAUAAACACAGUGACAGGACAAACAUAUUUACUAUAUAUAUAUAUAUAUGUGUGUGUGUGUGUGUGUGUGUGUGUGUGUGUGUGUGUGUGUGUGUGUGUGUGUGUGUGUGUGUGUGUGGAAAGCAUUCAGACCCCCUUAAAUUUUUCGUUCUUUGUUAUAUUGCAGCCAUUUGCUCAAAUCAUUUUUCUUUUUUUUUUUCCUCAUUAAUGUACACACAGCACCCCAAAUUUAUUUGCAGAUUUAUUAAAAAAGAAAAUCUGAAAUAUAAGUAUUCAGACCCUUUUCUCAGUAUUUAGAAGAAGCACCCUUUUGAGCUAAAACAGCCAUGAGUCUUUUUGGGAAUGAUGCAACAUGUUUUUCACACCUGGAUUUUGGGAUCCUCUGCCAUUCCUCUUUGCAGAUCCUCUCCAGUUCUGUCAGGUUGGAUGGAGAACAUUGGUGGAUAGCCAUUUUUAGAUCUCUCCAGAGAUGCUCAAUUGGGUUUAAGUCAAAGCUCUGGCUGGGCUAUUCAAGAACAGUCACGGAGUUGUUCUGAACCCACUCCUUCGUUAUUUGAGCUGUGUGCUUAGGGUCAUUGUCUUUUUACAAGGUGAACCUUCGGCCCAGUCUGAGGUCCUGAGCACUCUGGAGAAGGUUUUCGUCCAGGAUAUCCCUGUACUUGGCCGCAUUCAUCUUUCCUUCGAUUGUAUCCAGUCGUCUUGUCCCUGCAGCUGAAAAACACCCCCACAGCAUGAUGCUGCCACCACCACCACGCUUCACUGUUGGGACUGUAUUGGACAGGUGAUAAGCAGUGCCUGGUUUUCUCCACACAUACUGCUUAGAAUUAAGGCCAAAAAGUUUGGCCUUAAUUCUUGGUUUCAUCAGACCAGAGAAUCUUAUUUCUCACCAUCUUGGAGUCCUUCAGGUGAUUUUUUUUUUUUUUUUUUUUUUUUUUAAGCAAACUACAUGCGGCCUUUCAUGUGUCUUGCACCGAGGAGAGGCUUCCGUCGGGCCAUUCUGCCAUAAAGCCCCGACUGGUGGAGGGCUGCAGUGAUGGUUGACUUUCUAGAACUUUCUCCCAUCUCCUGACUGCAUCUGUGGAGCUCAGCCACAGUGAUCUUUGGGUUGUUCUUUACGUCUCUCACCAAUGCUCUUCUCUCCCGAUUGCUCAGUUUGGCCGGACGGCCAGCUCUAGGAAGGGUUCUGGUCGUCCCAAACGGCUUCCAUUUAAGGAUUAUGGAGGCCACCGUAUUCUUAGGAACCUUAAGUGCAGCAGAAUUUAUUUUGUGACCCUGGCCAAAUCUGUGCCUUGCCACAAUUCUGUCUCUGAGCUCUUCAGGCAGUUCCCUUGUUCUCAUGAUUCUCAUUUGCUCUGACAUGCACUGUGAGCUGUAAGGUCUUGUAUAGACAAGUGUGUGGCUUUCAUAAUCAAGUCCAAUCAGUAUAAUCAAGCACAGCUGAAGGUGAAUGUGUAGAACCAUCUCAAGGAUGAUCAGAAGAAAUGGACAGCACCCGAGUUAAAUAUAUGAGUGUCACAGCAAAGGGUCUGAAUACUUAUGGCUGUGUGAUAUUACAGUUUUUCUCUUUAUUAAUCUGCAAAAGUUUCAACAAUUCUGUUUUUUUUGUCAAUAUGGGGUGCUGUGUGUACAUUGAUGAGGAAAAAAAUUAACAAAUGAUUUUAGCAAAUGGCUGCAAUAUAACAAAGAGUGAAAGAUUUAAGGGGGGGGGGGCUUUCCGUACCCAGUGUGUGUGUGUGUGUGGGGGCGCUUCUCUGUGUGUGUGUGUGUGUGUGUGUGUACACACAAUAUAAUGUAAUAGAAGUGUGCUAAACACUCACUGAGCAGUCAUUGUUUCUGUUUACCCAACACAGCAAAGAUUAUUUUUCAUUAUUAAUAUUUUAUAAUGUUAAAGAGAUGGCAAUGUUCCCAGGGAGGCAUUGGCUUUCUAUUUAACAUAAUAACCAACAACCGCAAAAUACAAUAAAGAAUGCGAAAACUAUGAGGUGCUGAAUGCUAUGAUUUCGCCUGCUACUGUUAAUUAUGAUUCCAGUUUUCACCUUCUUGAUUGCCCUUUAAAUAACGGUUAACCGAGCGCUGAUAGUUUUGCAAGGAUUUUAUAUCAUUUGUAUUAACAUAAAGAAGAGCCCGAAUGACACUUUUGAGGCAUGUUGUUUCUUUUAGACAUCGAGAGCUGCAGAUAGAAUGCAUAAGAUCAACUCAAUGAGAGCGAGAUUAUCAUUGAAGAGAUUUUAAUGAAUAAAAGAAAUAAAACUAGGUUGUGAUCCAGGAUUAAGUUGUGAAGGACGUAUGUGAUGGUUUGGCAUCCAUGUGCUUUACGUUGAAUAUCUUGAGUGAAAAUAUAAUUCUAUAUUUUGUUUUAUUGUAAAAUUUUACUUUGAGU